AUGGUUAUGGAGGUUUCAGAUUUGGAGGCAAGUUCAGAGGGAACUGGUAAUCUUUUUGAUGAAGUGAAGAGUAAAACUUGCUCUUUAGAAAAAGAUAUCGAACAACUUAAGAGAAAUAACGGAGAUGGUAAUGAUUCUCAGAGUAUUAAAGACGAACUUAGAAAAUUAGAAAGUUAUAGUGAGAAGCUAAAAGGAAAACUACUGGACAUGCAAUGUAGGUCUAUGAAAUAUAAUCUCAUUUUCACGGGACUUCAAGAGCAAAGGGAUGAAAACUGUGAAAUGAAGAUUAGACAGUUUAUUUACAAUGAAAUGAAGAUCCAAAAACCGUUAGAAUUUGGAAACAUUCACAGAUUUGGUAAAAGUGAGCCAGGGAAACCGAGACCAAUUAUUGCAAGAUUCCUUUAUUAUUCUGACCUUGAUAUGGUGAAAAAAGCAGGACGAAAUCUAAGAGGUACAUUUUACGGUGUAAACGAGCAGUUUCCACCAGAAAUAGAAGAACAACGACGAAAGCUAUACCCAAUAGCGAAACAGGCGAGAAAAGAGAAAUUAAAAGUUGUAAUGAAAAGAGACAAACUUUACAUUAACGACAAACUUGUUAAGCCAGAUGAAAUCGCAGACGAUACCGAGCAUAAAGAGCCUCAAAGAUCAACCACCAGACCGAAUAAACGUCCACGGGUGAACUCUACUCCUGAACGAGACGAAACAAAAACUGAUGAUUUAGACGUUAUAGAUUUGCCAGGUUAUAAAUUUGUAAUGAAAAAUAGAUCUCACUUAAACAGAGUAAAAUCAGGUGGAAUUGUACUUGGUUUUAAAGAAUCAUUAUCUGAUCAUAUUUCUGUUGUUGAAACAGACAGUAAAUAUAUUUUAUGGUUUAAAAUUGACAAACAUGUAGUUAAACUACAACAAGAUAUUUUGUGUGGUAUUGUGUAUAUUCCGCCUGAAAAUUCUGUAUAUUGUGUUGGUGAUCCAUUUAGCGAAAUUGAAAGUGAAUUUUUGAAUUUUAGUACAAGUCAUGACAAUAUAUGUCUUUUUGGAGAUUUUAAUGCUCGAACUGCAGAAGAGUCAGACUUUGACGUCGUAAAUUUUGAAGAAUUUUCAGGAAUGUUAGACAUUGAAAAUGAGGGUGUUUGUACUUUAGAUGAGUUAAAUAUAAAUCGAUUAAGGAAAAGUAUGGAUCACAAAAAAAACAAUUUUGGUAACUUGCUUCUUGAAUUUUGUAAGAAUAACAAUAUGUUUAUCCUAAAUGGAAGAAUGUGUGAAGACAAAGGUCUGGGUAGUUUUACAUGUAAAAACACUAGUGUAGUGGAUUACAAUAUUGCUUCCCCAAAUUUUCUUAAGCUGGUUCAAAAUUUUUCAGUAUUAAAUUCUAGCGUUUUAUUUUCGGAUAUUCAUAAUCCACUGUCGUUAAAGAUUACUUGUUAUGAAAAACAAAACGACGUCAGUCAUGAUGAUGAAAUGCCUGAGGAGAAGAUUAAGAGAUGGGAAAAUGAGCAAAUAGACACCUUUAUUAGUAACAUUGAUAGACUUAAAGUAAAUGAAAUACUAGCUCAAUUAACGGAAAUGGUUGAAAAUACAAGUGAAAACUCAAUUAUUAAUAAAGUUGUUGAGGAUGUAUGUCAUUUACUUACAAAUGCGGCAAAGUCUACAUUCGGCACAUUUACUAAAAGAAGUAAGCAUACACAAAAUAUAAAAAAAUCAAAACCAUGGUUCGAUAGCGAAUGUAAGGAAGCUAGAAAAAAGUUUCGGUCUAGUAGACGAAAACUUAAGCGAAACAAUACUGACGACAGAGUGAAUGAAACAAAGAAACUAGAAAAGAGUUAUAAGCGAGUAAUGGAUAAGAGCAUUCGUAAACAUAGAAAGAAAAUUAGACACAAGAUAGAAAACUUAAGAUCGAUUAACCCGAAAGAAUACUGGAAGAUUUUGAACGGUGGUAAAAGGGGAAACAAUCCAUGUGUACCUAUUAAUAUUUUGUUUGAUUAUUUUAAGAACUUAAAUUUAGGAAAUUCUGAAGAUGAAGAGAUUGUUUUAGAAAAUUUGAACAAUGUAAAAGAUUUAAAUGUUACAUUAAAUUCACCUAUUACAGAAGAGGAAAUUGAAAAAUCUUUGAGAAAGUUAAAAAAUAAUAAAUCCUCUGGUGAUGAUAUGAUUGUAAAUGAAUAUUUAAAACACUCUUUUAGUGUUAUGUCACAGGUGUUUGUGAAACUUUUUAAUAUUAUAUUUGACAGUGGAACUAUCCCUGAAAAUUGGCUUUCUGGAAAUAUUAUACCUUUAUUUAAAAAUAAAGGAAACAAACAUGAUCCUAGCAAUUUUAGACCUAUAACAGUUAUAAGCUGCUUUGGGAAAUUAUUUACUUCUAUUUUGAAUUCACGUUUGAAUAAAUUUUCUGAUGAUUUUUGUUUACUAUGUCAGAAUCAAGCUGGUUUCAGAGAAGGUUCUUCUACUACAGAUAAUUUAUUUGUUAUCUACAUGCUUAUUAGUAUCAUGAAAAAUAAGAAAAAGAAACUAUUCUGUGCAUUCGUAGAUUUUGCUAAAGCCUUUGAUACUGUUUGGAGAAAGGGUCUUUGGCAUAAAUUACUUGUGAAUGAUAUUAACGGUAAAAUGUAUAAUCAAUGGGCCGAAACAGCAGCUAGAGGACAGCUUGUGGGUGUCACAUGUAGAACAAGCUCUGCUUACCCUUCCGGAGCACCUAAUAUCACCAUCAGUGUUUAG